AUGGCGACCCUGGAUUGGCGAGCGGUCGUGAGUACCAGCCUGGCCUGGUCCCCGACUUCCGCUGCCGAAUCGACCACGUCCAUCGUCGAGCGUCACGUCGAGCGUCGCGUCGAGCGAAGCUUUCGACCGCGGGGUCAUGCGGCAUACAAUGCCUUUACAUUCCUACCUCGUCCGCGCCCUCGCCUGUAUCGACGGCCGAGCAUCACGAACUGGGCCAUGGUCAUUUUCUCCGACGUCGUCACCGUCGACGAGAGGGCAAGUACCAGGGCAUCGCUCGCAGCGUCGUCGGGCCCUUUCUCGCCGCCGCCGCCGCCGCCGCAUCAAGGGCCACCUGGCCGGGCUUCUCCGUCAUCGUCUACGCCCUCAUGCUCGUCCGUCCCCAUUUUUGGCAUGCGGAGAAUGGCUUUGACCAUAUCUAGCCUGUGCGCAUGCCGUUGCAAGCGCUACGGCAAAUGUCCGCUUCGCCUUUGGCAUGUGGAAGCUGUGCGAGACGCCCAGUGCCGACCCGCCAUCUCCGUGCGGCUGACAAAGCUCGGGGGACCCUGGCUUGCGCAGGCGCACGAGCCAAUCGUCGCCAUGCCACUCUUCGCCGUCGCUCUCGGCCUGCUUGUGGGCAUCGGCUUCCGCCGAGGACAGGGGACCGACCCCGAAAGAGGAUCCGUCCACGGUUGGCCACGGUGUGCCCGGGGAGACGAUGGGUGGGCGAGUCUCUACCCGGGGCCGAAGCCGAAGCGGCAGCCUCCUGGCGGGCCGGAUGAUGAGGAGAAUUCAGGCAACGGAAGAAAAUGGGCGUCCAAAGUCAACCUUGUCCUCUCAUGCCGUCGCAUGCCCUGCGAAGCGAGCGAGUGCGCAUCCGGAUUUCGCGUCCAAACUCGCGGGGCGAUUAACUCCGAAUUCAAACAUGCUCCUCUUGACCGGACACAUCAUCUCGGACACGGCUGA